ACAAAGCAAAAUAAAGUCGAUGUCCUGUCGCAGUGGUGGCCAUUCUCGGUGCCACAGCGCGAGCCCCGCGAAGCCAUUCAAAUCCUCGCCUCCGCUGCGGUACAACCGCUCCCAAAAAGUUUUUUGAAAUACAAAAACAUUCAAUUUCGAUACAUAAGUACGGGUACACCAUUGUGAUUCGGAGCACGCUUAGUGCCUAGGCCGUCCGCCGCGCCGCGCCACUGACAUAUUUCUGUAGUUUCGCGCGCCGUUUGAAUUUAGAACAGUUGAUAAUUUUUGAUUUUUAUUUCAUUUUCGCAUUUGUGUUUUCUCAUAGCUUUGUGCCGGUUAUAUUCCAUUUAAAUUUUGUAGUUGUGUCUAGCACAGGUGCGUUUUGUCCGGUUUUUUUUAGUGCCAUCACCAGGCAGAGGAAUUUUGGUUCAUUGGAUUUUCAUUGGUCGAGAGGAAAAAAUAUCGUCGAACCAGAAUGGAGAUGCGAUGGUACCGGUCUAGUCGGACCUCAUUGCUGACCUAUUGGAUAUUUUUGUUGCAAAUGUUGGAAAGCGCGCGUCGCGGAGCCGAAGGUCACGGACGACUGAUGGACCCGCCCGCCAGAAACUCGAUGUGGAGGUUCGGCUUCCCCAACCCCGUCAACUACAACGACAACGAGCUUUUCUGUGGAGGUUAUGCUGUGCAAUGGGAGCAAAACGAGGGAAAGUGCGGAGUGUGCGGUGACGCGGCUCAUCUCACUGAGCCCCGUCCCCACGAGGCCGGAGGAAUGUACGGAAAGGGAAUCGUGACCAGGCAUUAUAGCGUUGGCCAGGAAAUCGAGGUUGAAGUCGAGUUGACAGCUAAUCACUUGGGAACGUUCGUGAUGAAGCUGUGUCCAAACAACAACCCGAAACAAGAAGCGACUCAGGAGUGCUUCGACAGAUAUCCCCUUUACGUUUCGGAAACCAGAGAAGACAGGUUCCUGAUACCUUUGGACACGGCGAAGAAAGAGGUAUUCAGGUACAGAGUGCGGCUGCCGCCUUAUGUAACCUGCACGCAAUGUGUUCUACAGUGGACUUAUUAUACUGGCAACAUGUGGGGGAUCUGCCCCAACGGCACGGAGGCGGUCGGCUGCGGCAGGUCGGAGACGUUCCGCAACUGUGCUGACGUCAGCGUUAUCACCAGCACGGGCGGCCUGCCCCCCGCCUUCGCCGGCGACCUGCGCAGGGACUACCCCUUCCUGCUCUACUACCGGGACCUCAACAUGCCCAAGUCCAUCUACCCGCUUGUUGUAAGAGCCGGGAAAUAUUCUCAAUCAGCCAAAUACGUCGUUAGCAACGACCUAACUGAGUUUGACGACAGAGAGGAAUUAAUUCCGCCAAUCAUUAGAGACCAAGUUUGCGUUCCGUCUUACGGGUUCCGCAACCUGCCCGGCAUGCUGAGCUGGUGCCAGACCAACUGUCUCCGGUACCCUCCCAACUGCCCCGAAGCUCUCUGCUCUUGCCCUCAAGUUUGCGAGGCCGUAGGCGAGUACGAAGGGCGCGAAGGUGCCGACGUGUACUGCAUGGACCUGUGUAUCGUUUACCCGCCCAAGUGUCCGACGGACAAGUGCCGCUGCUACUAAACCGACCACGGCAACGUGGGACUUUGAUAAAAUAAAAAAAUUAAUAAAAAAAAUUGUUCUUUGACGUCUUCAAGUUUUCUGCUACCCUCAUAUCCCGUACCCUGAGCACUGUCACAGCUGGUGCCAGGACGUUGUUACACCACACAGGAGCAGUCAGCCGCUGCUACAAAUACAAUAUUUGAGAGUUCGGCCACACAUGCCAAGGAAGUUCUCGUUGUCACAUCAAUGGUAAGGGCUUAACAGAAGCCCUCCAUCAAAUAGUGAUUUGAUUCAAUAAAACACUAGGCAGUUCUAUUAAUGUUUUGAUUUGUAUAAUAAAAAUAAAUAAAAUCCACGUGAAGCAAGAAAAUAUAUUUUAAAACUAAAUUAAAUUUUUUGAGUACAUCUUUAUUUGGAUUCAAAGAUCUAAUGACGUCAUCGGAUGUCUACAUCGGUCGAGACCGGAAAUUUGAAGUCAACAAGUCGAUAGUAUAUAAAAGAAUCUUUUUUUUUCUUUUAGUCACGUAUGUUUUAUUUUAUUCAAGUAAAAAAAACGAAAUUAAUAGAAUUCUGCAGCAGUGUGACAUAUUCACUCGAUCAUUUAAUGAAUUAAUAAGUAUGCAUUAAAAUUAAAACAUAAUGAAACAAAUAAAAAAAAACAUUAUGGAGGCAGCUCGCGCUAUUAUUCCGAUGGUCGUAAAGAAAAAAAAAUGUUCUGAAAACAAAAUAUAUUUUUAAAUUCGAAAUUAUUGAAUGCUGGUAAAUGUCAAAAUAUAAAAUUUAAACAAUAACUUUAUGUCUUGCAUAACUAAUGUUUUUUUUUGUUUGUCGUAGUAAGUACCUAAUAUCCAUUUUGGCUCUGGGAGUGGUGUCUUUACACACAGAUCGAUCCAUUUUAUUAUAUAAGUAGCGAACAAAAAUGUUAUAUGUAUAUAAUGAUUUUCUUUUGAUAUUGCUUCUAUUGAGCAAUAUUUGGUAAGAAAAAGAGUUUUGGUAGUAAAUAUAUCUCAUCAAGUUGUAUUAUAUAAUCAUAAUAUGUAAUUUGUAGCUUUAUGUAAAUGGAUAUUUUAUGUAAAUUGAAGGGGUCAAUUCGUAUGUAUGUAAUAUUGAUAUGUUGUGACAAAUAUCAAAUUUAACUUUGUUCAAGCAAAACUGAUUUUGCUAUAGAAUUUGUCACUGGACAGAACUUAAAAUUGUCCAUAUUGAUUUUACAAAAACUUUUUGAUAUUUUUUUAUUGUACAGUCAUGUUACCAUUUAUUUUAAGGUUUAGGUUUAAUUUGAAAACUUGAACAUUCUGAUUUAUUUGUAUUUAAUAAUGACAAUGCCAUAAAAUCUAAAAAAAACUUUAAUGUUAUUCCGUUCGCCAACACAAGAUGCCUUAAUUACGCACAAUAAAGAACCAGUUUACUCAAUUCUUUAUUUGUAUGAUAUGAUUGGUUCAUAUUCGGUUCGAAAAUGUAUUUUUGUAAAAUAAAUGCAACAGAAAAAACUUU